GCGAAAAAAAGUCUUUCUGGUUCGUCUGUCUCUGCUUUGCCCGAUGGAGACGCCAGAAUGGCAAAUCACCCAUCAUACCCUGGUGACUCUGCGCGUGAUACAAUUUCAAACAUUCUCGGAUAUGAAAUUCCCCCUUCGCAUCUUUUACAUACUUUGCUCGAGGAAUAUUUUGAUUCGGUUCAUUGGUUUUCUCUAGUCAUCCUAGAGAGGAAGUUCCGCUCGCAGCUUGAGAGCGCCUGUGAGGGAUAUGUUCUGCCAUCUCAGAAGUCUUUUCUUCUUCUUCUGUCGACGAUGCUAGGUCUAAGUGCCUGGUAUCGAUCUAAACGACAAACCCCUAGAGAGACCGUGGACUGGGGUGUAUGGGCUUCACAUCUGUUGCGGAAUGUGGAGGCUCAUCUCUUUGACAUAAUCGACGAGGCUUCUAUCCAGUCAAUACAGAUUUGCAUUCUUCUAGGGUCUUUUCACUCCUACCAUGGCAAGCCAAAGGCAUCAUUCGCUUUGCUAGGUGCAACCAUAAAAAUGGCGCAGGCAAUGGGCCUCCAUCGAGAAAUUCCUGAAAACGGCGAGUGCGAGCUCGAGGAAUCACGACGAGUGUGGUGGACAAUUUACACAUGGGACAGGUGGGCUUCGAUUACUUAUGGCCGCCCUCCGUCUAUUGAUGAUUCAGAGCAUAACGUCGAAAUGCCUGGCGAAGUCUACGAAAGAAGAGAUUUCAUAGUUUCGCGUUUCGACGGCAUCAAUGAAACGAUAUGCUAUUCGAUUUAUCAGCGAGAACUAAACAAGCUAUACGUCAUCGCUUCGCCUUUAAUAAAAACUAUUUUUGGUGUUCGUUCUGCCAACAGUACUCGAACGAGUCCCGUUGGCUACUCUGAUCUAGUGGCCAGCAUCAUAAGGAAGAUGAGAGACUGGAAGGCUUGCCUGCCCUCAAACCUUGUCUUCAAUGAGUCAAGUGAUACCAAAAUCAGCUCUACGAGGAAAGAAAAAGUCUUUCAGCUGCAAUCUUUGGCAUUACAACUUACGUUCGACCAUCUUAUCAUCAUUUUUCAUCGGCCUAUUUUGAGCGAGCAGAUGGCAUCGAUCGCUAACAACUUUGGAACCAACGCCAAUGAGCUGGAAGAGCAAUCUAGCGACAAUAUUCCGCAAAAUUCAACGUCAGAAAGCCAAUACCAAGCCCAAGAACGACCGAUAUCUGAGCAAUGGUGGAACGCAGCUCUCCGAACAGCGAGGGUUACUCAAUCCCCACGCCUUACUCAAAUGGCAACUGAUGGACAUUUAAUGGCAUUCCUUGCCAUUAACACUUUCAACUCCGCUGUCGCUUUAGUUGUUUAUGCCUUUUGCAAUCCGCUUUCGAAUAGAGCACAAGAGUCUAAACGGAACAUAUCCCGCAUAUACAGGUUACAGGAACUACUCAGGACUCGCGGCUUGAUUCCGUUACAGAGCUGCACAAUACUCCGUGAACUGAUCCGCAUGGUAGCUCAGCGCGAAGAAAAUGUAAUGCUUAUGCCUUCGAAGCCCACAAGACUCGAAGCCAUACCCAACACAGAACCAGAGGAUCAAGAGCGGCAUGUUACAGUCGAAGAGUCACAUUGUUCUCCAGGAAACCCCUCUAAUAUUGAGGACAUCCAGAACAUACCUUUCGACAAUGCAUACAACUUUCCGAGCGGGAAUGUAACUUUAGACGAGGGACUUUUUUCCGUCCAACAAGUGCUUUUUGGAACAUCUUCGGGGGCCUUAUCAGGAGAGUCCCCAAAGCAAGCUUCGCAUAGAAAUGAUAUCGACCGGCACGCAGCUGUUACACUUGGGAGCUCAAAUUCAGCAAUUGAGGUUCCAGAAAAUUCCAAGGGCCCAGUCGAUAACAGUAUGUACUGGAUUUGGGAGGAUUGGAAUCCUAGUAUCUUCUUAGAUGUCUAG